ACAGGGAAAGGGCCGGGGGCGGGACAAGAGAAGCGGCGGCGGGAGAGAGAAAUGAGGCUUGCGGUAGGCAAGGGCCAGUGGAGCGCGAACGGGCGCCUUUGAAGCCCUUCGGCAGGGAGAUCCGCUGGGGAGACCUGGGGAAACCUAGAGAGGCACUUAGCUACGGGCAAACAAUACACCCCCGCCUUCCUGCCUGCCUUUGGGGUGAUGCGUUAGGGCUCCAGGCCCUGCCGGGAAGGGAAGGGCCAAGGAAAGUGGUGGGUUAGUGCACCCCACCCUCCCGAAACUGGAAAGAUGGGGAGUUUCUCAGGCUUUGUCACGUUUAAGGCUUUCCCUUGGGGGCCCUGUCUAAGUUGGGGAAAGUGGAAGCGGUGGCAGAGCUCGCCGGGUGGUUUCCAAAGGAGAUGCGCACAAGCUGGGUGUCCCGAGACUCGACAGGAGCCCGGGCUGGGUCAGGACGGGAAAGGCGGCGGACUGGGCGCACCUGAGCCCCAAGUUCGGGGCAGAACCUCUUCCUGGCAUGAAGAGGGAAGGGCGCGGGGCAUGCCCAUCCUCACCACGCCCGCGGGCCAAGCCUCCUGCCUCCAAGCCCCAGUCCAGGGCACCUCCCCGGACAGUCUGCGCGGGGACACGUCUUGCCCUCCACGCGCAUAAUCAACUGAUCUGGCCACCCCAGGUUUGGGCCCCUGCGCCCAGUGGGGAUGAGCAGCCCCGCAGGUGGUGGCGGCGCGUCACAAAGGCGGCCCCUGCUUGACAUUUGGCCUCCGCCUCCGUCGGGGCAGAGCGAGACCCUGGAGGUCGCGGAGCCGGCGUGGAGCAGAGGCGGCGCGGGUGGAGCAGGCAGGCGCACCCGCGGUCCCCGCUGCCCAAACCGGGCGCAACCCUGGCGGGGCGCAGCGAGCGGGUAAUGGCUCUUCCUUCUUACUCCCCACAGAAAACGAGUGAUUGCUUUUCUUUCCUCGUUUUUGGAAGCCCUGCCUGCCACACAGCUGCACCGGGCACCCCGGUUCCUCGAUGGACGAGGAACGCCAACUGCUCCAGCCCCAAGAGCAGAGCUGCUGGGCCGCCCUGCCCGAUGUGUGCCUGCGUCGUGUCUUCUGGUGGCUAGGAGACAGGGACCGGUCCAGGGCGGCCCUUGUCUGCAGAAAGUGGAACCAGACGAUGUAUUCGGCUGACCUCUGGCGGUCCAGGACCAUCACGUUCAGUGGGAGACCUUCCAGGGUACACGCCUCCGAGUUCGAGUCUGCUCUUUGGUAUGUAAAGAAAUUUGGCCGUUAUCUGGAGCACCUGGAGAUCAAAUUCCUGAAUCCUUACAAUGCCGUCUUGACCAAGAAGUUCCAGAUCACCAUGCGAGGCCUUCUCUCGUGUCUGGGCAAGAGUAACAACCGUCUGAAAUCUCUCUCCAUUCAGCACCUGGAGCUGGACCGCCUCGUCUGGAGGAACAGCAUCAGGACCUCCUUCAUCAAAAGCUUGAGCUUCUUCUUAAAGAAGACGGGCAAACACCUGGAUUAUCUCAACCUGAAGGGGGCCAGGCUGACUGUGGAGCAAGGCUGCCACGUCCUCAACUCCCUGAGCUACUUACGGAACGAGAGCAUGGCCUCGGAGCUCAACAUCGAGGACUACUUCAGCCAUCACCUGGCCAUCUACAGCAGCCCCCAAUUCAACAAGACCAUGGCCACGUUCCGCAACCUGGCGUCGCUGACCCUCAACUACAACUGCCUCUCCGACGAGCUGCUCGAGAACCUGUGUGAGAACAACGCUGGUACCCUCUGGACCAUAAACAUCAAGUGCCACAUCCACGACCCCCACGGGCAGGUCAUCUGGGGCAUGUCCUGGGCCAACCUGGCCCGGCACGCCACCAACCUGAAGGUGAACUUCUUCUUUGAGCGGGUCAUGAAGUACGAGCGCUUGGCCCGGAUCCUCUUGCAGGAGAUCCCGAUCCGGAGCAUUAGUCUGAGAAGCUGCUAUUUCAGUGACCCAGACUGGUCGAUGAGGCCCACCCUGGUGGAUCUCCUGCCCACCUUCCGGCACACCCUGCAGAAGUUAACUUUCGAGUUCAACAACAACCACGAGUCGCUCGACGAGGAGCUGCACCUCCUCAUCUUGUCCUGCAGGAAGUUGUUUUACUUCAAAAUCUGGGCGUUCCUUGAUGUCAGGUUUGUGGAGCGGAUCCUGAAGAGUCAGGAAGAAGGGCAGUGUGCCCUGCGCACGCUCAAGGUGAGAAUUUAUACAAACAGAUAUGAGACAAAUGAAGAGGACAAGACCCUGCGAGAAAUUUACAGGAAGUACAGAAAGCUGAUCGAUUCAGAGCUUAACUAUUUUGUCAUCGCCUACCCCAUGAUGUGACGAGCGCCCUCCAGAGGGAGAAGGCCAGGAGCACUUUGAACCUGACCAUCCGGUUCUCCUAGAAGCACACUGGGAGCAUCCCCUACGCCCACCCCUUUUCCCUCUCUCUCCUUCUCCCCAGUUCCACACCAACAGGAACGGCCCAGCGAAGGCUGGGACUGCUGGUGACGUGAGGGCCCCGGGUGGCUGUAAAGUGCUAUCUUUACCAACUAUCUGGGAUGAUUUCCUUUUUGUCAUUUGGUUUUGCUUUUCGACCCCCUCCGUCAGCCACAGAGCCAGAAGCCCAAGGAGGCUCAGAGCCGCAUCUUCCUGGGGGACCCUGACUCCUGCUAACCUGUGCUCCUGAAACGGGGUGACUGGCCGGGAAGCACAUAGAAAUGCCGUUUCUCCCGAUUGACAUUGUCAGUUCAGAAAGCAUUCCAUCCUGGCCAACCUUCACGGCAGAGCCUUCUGACCCCUACGUGGGCCAGGCCCGAUCUCCGGUGAAUGGGAACCUGCCAGCGUGUCCUCAAAGGGAGCAGGGAAAGUCCCACGUUUAGAAGGAGAUUGCUCCGAGCCAGAUGUCCCCCGCCAGAGGGAAUUCAGCCCCUAAUUUAUGGGUGGUGUAGACUUGGAUCUCUGAGCGUGGUGCCCAGCCUGCCGUGAACGCUUGGUCUUCAGGCGUGGGCUGAACCAGGAGCGGCCCUUAUACACAUAUUUACAAGCAAUUUACAAUGUCAUGGGGAAAUGUUCCUAAUGCAGUGUUCAGUGGAAAAAGUAGGACAUAAAACUGUGUACAUAGUGUGAUAUCAAUCACGUAAAACACACACAAGGGUUUUUUUUGAAAGCACAGAAGAGAUACACCAAAAAUGUGAACGGUUAUCUCUGAGUGGUGGGAUUAUGGGUGGUUUUUAUUUUCCUUUUUAUGCUUUCCCCCUAUUUCUCAAAUUUUUAUACAGUGACCAUAUGCUAUUUUUAUAAUUGAGGAAAUCUAUUGUGUUUUAAACAGGGAGUAAUUAUAAAUUCCUGAGCCCAGGCCAUAGACAUGUAUUGCUUCUGGUCUUUUGAGAUUUUUGUGUAUAUGGGGAUUUUUUUCAAUAGAUAUAAAUUAAUAAAAUCUCAGAAUACUUUGGACAAGUGUCUCAUAUCA